AAAAAAAAAAAAAAAAAAAAAAACUUAUAAAUAAAUCGCAUGUUUUAUUUCAUUUUCUACCUUUUUUCUUAUUAUAUAAACAUCCAUACAAUGACACGCUCUAUUACACCAACAUUAGAAGAAACCACUCUCCAUGAAGAUUUCACAAAUUACAAUAAGAAAUCAAAGCGCCAUGGCCAUGGCAAAGAUGUUCUUGACUCUAACAACGUUCGACAAGUGGCUGGUUGUUUACCUUUGGACAUAAAAAAUCGUCGGGUGUUACUCAUUUCAAGCAGAAAAAUAGAAGGUGCUUGGGUCUUGCCUAAAGGUGGUUGGGAAGAAGAUGAGACACAAAAGCAUGCUGCUCAGCGCGAAACUUGGGAAGAAGCUGGUAUCAAAGGCACGAUCACAAAACAUCUUGGUAUAUUCGAAGAGCGUACACACAAAAAAAAGCAUUUGAAAGCUCAUCACUGGAUAUUCGAGAUGGAGAUUGAGGAAAUUGCAAAGAAAUUUCCCGAAAAGAAGAAGCGAGACAGAAGAUGGUUUACUUUUGAAGAAUCUAUCAUUGCAACACAAGACCAUCGAUACAUUCAAGAAGCGAUUCUCAAAUCAAGUCUGAACCCUGCUAAUUUUCCUCUCUCUGAUCCUCCUUCCCCAAGAAACUCUAUUGAAAAAAGCACAAAACCUACCACUGAAAUGACAGGAAAUGCUCCUGUUCGACGUAAAUCGCUUUUGAAUUCAAUCAAAUCUGUAUUUCAUUAAACCUAUUUAUUUUUAGUCUCUUUUUUCUU